AUGGGUUUGCGUAGUACCAUUGUGUCCAAGCUGGUCUCUGGGCACAACGGCAACACCAAGAUCAAUCUUAACAAUGGCACAGACGAGCACUUCACCCGGCUCAUGAACUCGGCUUUAGAAGAGCGACACAUCCUGCCUAGGUGGACUUACGACGAGCCUGAGGUUGACGCCACAAUUCUUGAAGUCAACUUUGCUCAACCAUGUAAGAGAACCAGAUCAACCUGGCCCAGCGACUACCACUUUCAGUCCAUCCAUCCACGCCGCCCAUCCGUCACACCAAAUGUAGCGGUACACACUGACUUGGCCAACCUGGCUAGAAGAUUCGACAUCCCCAUCAACGCCCUGCACAACUUCAUGCGCUUCCCGCCUGUCCGCGCCAUUGUCCGUACCCUCCUCAUCGAACUAGAGCACCCUGACGCGCAAUCCUCGCCGCAGCUAGACGAAGUCGCGAUCCUAGACAGAGUAGACGACAUCGUCUCCAACACGGAUCCUUCAGACCGACGUAUGUACCUCAACCAGGUCACGAGCCCGGGCCCGCAGUUCGCAGAUAGAGCCCUGAUCCUCUGCCUCGUCAAACUCUGCGCCCAAUUCGAGGGCUGGAAUCGGUGGGCGUUUGGGUCCCGCCGCUCGACGAUCCAGGUCUUCAUGGGUGUCGUAGGCCUCUUUUGCAACGCGUGGGUGAAGGCGCCGACUGUUGAUGCCUCGUGGUCGCGGGCUGGUGCCUCUUCUCUGCCUUCCUUUCUCUCGUCUAAGCGCUUCGGUGUAUGUGAGUCUGAAACUCCAUCUCCGCAGAGUAGACUCACUCCCGAGAUCUGGUUCGAUUGGUCCCUCCUCUUCGACCCCUGGCUCAGACAAACUAACGCGAUCCAGCUGCUGAAUCCAGAAUCUAUAUCCGUACCGCUGUCGCCCUUCCCAGACUGCCACACGAGACACGAAGCUAUAGUCGUGACGGACAUCACCCAGCCGGAACCCGAAAAGCAGGGCCGCGUCGUGGUAAAGUACCACGACAUCACGAAGCCCGACGAGGAGCGCUGGGCGUUCCGCUCGAUUCUGGACUCGCGGUGGUCCGGGUCCGGUAAGACGCCGCGGACGGGGCUGCAGUAUCUCGUCGAGUGGGAGUACGCUGAGCCGACGUGGCAGCCGGCGAGGGAUCUGCAAGGCUGCGAUUCGUGGGUGUUGCAGUUUCAUCGGGAGAAUCCUGGCAGGGCUGGGCCUGUGGCCAGGUUGAGGCGGGCUUUGUGA